UCUUAUUAUUAUAAAUGGUUGUAUGGUUGUUGUUUUUUUUGUGUCUGCCUCUCUCAGCUGUAGUCAGUGACGUCACUCCAAUGAAACCCAUUGAGGAUUAUUUGAAAGAUAGUUUUUUCUUUCCUCUAUUUUCUCUUUUUGAUCACGAGAUUGUAUCUUCAAGCAGUGAUGACAUAAACCAGGAAAUGAGGUUCAGAUUAAAAUCAAGAUGGGUGAGCCAGUACACUUGGCUGUGACACUCGGAAACAUGAAGCAGGACAUACAGUGUUAUUCAAGUGAUCACUGAUUAAAUUAAUUCAUUGGACCUGUAGCCUAGUAAGCAGAGCAGCUAAUAUGGUUGCAGGUAGUUAUGCCCCCUAUUCAAAGCAUGCAAACAAUGCUGAUAAGUCCUUCAAAGGUCCAGUGUGUAACAUUUAGGAUGAUCUAUUGGCAGAACCGGGGUGUAAUAUUCAUUGGUAUGUCUUUAUUAGUGUAUAAUCACCUGAAUAUUGGAAUUGUUGAGUUUCCAUUACCUCAUAAUGAGCACUUUUUAUCCACAGACACCAUGGUAGCCUUCCACUGGCUGUAGAUAGGGGUUUUCCUGUUUUACGGUCACUGUAGUUUCUCCUAAACACUCCACAGCCCGUUCUCAUUCCCAGGUGGACAAAUACAGAUGCGAGCAGUGUUCAGUUAGUUGCAAUGUGCAGCUUCCUUGCUAGAUGCCACUAAAUCCUACACACUGUUCUAGUGGUCAACCGAUAUGGGUUUUUUGAAUGCCGAUAUUUAGAGAGCAGGGCUGCCGAUGACCGAUAUAUAAUGCCGAUAUCAAAACUAGCCUAUAAUAUGUAGUAUAAUUCUAUUCUAUAGGAAAUUCAGGCAUAUUUUUUAUUUUUCACCACUUUACCAAAACUCACAGAGUGGAGUGCUAACAUUGUUUCAUAGCAGCCACACUGGCAUAGCUGUCUGCAGACAUUUUUUGUUUAUCAGCCACAUGAGCACAGACAUCGGCCAAUGCAGAUUAUCUCAAAAUGUCAGAUAAUCGGCCCAAUUAAUAGGCGGACUGAUUAAUCGAUCUAUCGCUACAUACUACUACUAUCUUUAAGAUGAAGUUAGCAAUGUUCAAAGUGCCAUUGUGGUCUUUUAAGGGAACUCUGUGUCUUUGGGUGUGACAGAAACAGGACAGAAAGCUGAUGUAAGCAGAUCAAUGUCUGAAAAUAGAAAAACAUUCACUUUACUCAACAUGACCAACCAUAUGCCCCAGAGGUAUGUGGAAUUACCUGUUUUGUUUCUCUUAAUCACUGCUUCCUCCGUCUUUUAUCAUUCCACAACUUCACCCAAAAACUUUUCCGAAACAAAUCUAUUGAAAUUAUCAAGACACAAUGGUAACAGUCGUACAUUUGAAAACUGGACAGCAUAAUUCAUUUCCCCCACUUUGCAGCUCAGGUGUAGUUCUUCAGCACCUCACCAAGUGUUUGACAGCAGACUGGAAUAAGAAAGCUAACACAGUUGUUUCUACAUUUUAGACUCUGUCUGCAUUUCAGUCGUCCUCAAGGUUGUAGGACUGGUAUUUCACGUUUGUUGCGCCGGGUGGAGUAGCGACCAUGAUGUUUUGUUCCCAUGUAUGCAGGUGAAGGAAACACGAGGGCAGUUGGGACAACAGGAGAAGGGAACAAAAGGACAUGUUUGCCCCGCAGGCCAAACAGGCUCUUUCACAUUUUUCCACAGUGGUUCUGCACUGUAACACUGCACACAUAUUCUCAACCAGCCGGCGAAGUGGCACGGCCCAGCUGACAUCCAUGGAUAAAUUACAGUGACAGCACUGACAUGUGCAACGAUCAGCACUGUUAAGUCAUGUGAAAAUAGUUCAGAGCAUUCUUGUGUAGGUCUUAUGGAUAGUGAUCAAAAAGUAAAGAUGGAAAGUUUGUUUUUCUCUCAGUUGCUUAUGUGUGUUGUCUGUCUGUAUAUGUUUUAUGGCUUUGUAAAGCACUAUUAAUUGCUUUUAUGAGAAGGUGCUCCACAAAAAAAAAGUUAAUUCAUUAAAUGCUGAGCAAUGGUCACUCCUACAGCUUGACUUCUUUACUCGCUCUCCUACUUCUAAGCAUAUGUGUCUUUAUUAGUCACACAGCUUUUUAUAAAAUCUUACAAAAGAGAUAAGAAACUUGUCUCCACAUGGCUCUAUGCUCUCAUAACUGACUGGUGUUAUUAAAAUAACCACCACCCAACAACUUCCCUUGUGGUCAAUUUAAGAGGAACGGUCACUCAAAAGUGACUCAGGGAAAGAUGCUUCACAUGAAGCAAUCUCUAAAACAUAUGGCAAAGGAAGCAUUUUCAAAUUUGAACCACUAGAUAGCAGUAGAGGUUCAUAAACUGUGAGCGUCCUCCUAACUUAUUUCAGCCUAUUGUCUGAUUAUGAAAUAACUUUAGGAAGGAAUCAAUUAAUUGGUUUGAAUUCAAACUGUAUGUAUGUUACUUUGAAUACAACUUAUAUCUUUGUUUUAAACCAUCCUGCUCAUCCCCUCGUCUGCUUGUUCUCAAAACCGUCGCACUUCACCCUCCUCCCUCACCCAAAACAGAAUAAAUAAUCUUUGUAAACGUUAUAUAAUAAUGUGUAUUUUUUUCCAACAUCCAAACCUAAUUUGCUCAUUUAUGUCAGUAAGUGCAAUUAAUAUAAAAUAAUCCCCUUGCAUUAAGAUGAUAUUUUAUUUUGUGAUCCGACUCAGCUGUGCUGUUUCAUAAUGACACCGAUCUACUCACAAGAAGAUCAGCUGCACACAGUCAGCUGGUCUUUCUCAGAAGGCUGUGAAUUACGUAUUGCAGUAGUCAUGCAUCUCAAAAAAGAUUUACUUCACACCUCUGCAGCACAUGUGUCAAUGCUGUGUGACAGAUUUAUUUCUGCAGAAUGGGAUGUUCUUUGUAUUCACGAGCCCGAUAAUCAAACUGAAGAAUAAUUGUGCUUCAUUUCAGUCAUUCUAGUUGAAUUACUAAAUAAAUCUGCACUGCUGGGAGUCUGGAAACAGGCUACAUUUUCACAGCUGUGACCACUAUUGGCCAUUACAAUACCAAAACCUAAUUGUUACACACUGACCUUUAAUUCAUAUAUUCAGACUCUGUAUUUAGUGCUUUGUAGGCAGGCCGGAGCACAUCGGUGAAUUGGGACCCUCAGGUUUCUCCACAGAUGUUCAGUAGAGGUACCACUCUGGACUUAUUGAGGCUUAAUUGUCCCCAGAACACUCCAGCACUGUUUUGUCUUUUUGUGUUUAAGGUUGUUGUGCUGUGACCUUCAACCCAGUCUAAUGUCACACUGGAGGUCACCUAUUAGCUUAAUUCAUUGUGCCCUCAACCCUGAUCUGUCUGUCUUUUUAUUAUGUGAUGCAUCAUCACAGAAUGAUGCAGGUACCUAGUUGUAGUCCUUGGCAAUGCAACAACGAGCUAAGCUUUCGAGCGCAACAUUUGUUGCUGAUAGUGUAACACCAGUGUGUCCUGUGGCUUGUGGCAGCUGCUGCAUUUUCUCACAUGCAAGUAAGAGUUUCUCAGAGUUAAUAAUUAUUUGAAUUGAAACACGAACUACAUUCAAUUCAAUUUCUUGAAAAAUCUAACAUCUUUGAGCAGUAAAGAUAACUUAUGUUGUGUUCAUACAAAAAAAGCAGAACCUGAAUUUCCUGUAUAUGUCAAAACCACAACCACAGUUUUUUUCUUUUUAAGUUUCCCCUUUAAAGAAUACAAAUAGUCAUUGAGGGUUUAUUUCUUUGACCUGUAGCCAGCAAGACAACACCUAACUCAACAUGCAAUGCAAUUUUAAUGGGACUCUACUGAUCAGUGUUCUCCCUCCACUGCUGGUCACAGAGUUUCUUUUGGGAAUCCUUGGAAAUGGUUUUGCUCUCUGGAUCUUCUGCUUCCACCUGAGGCCCUGGAAGAGCAGCACGGUGUUACUCUUCAACCUGGCAAUGGCUGAUUUUCUGCUCAACGUGGCUUUGCCUUUCCGUGCUAGCUACUACAUCUCUAAGAUUAAGUGGAUGUUUGGAGGCGCUCUUUGCAACAUCUGCCUCUUCAUGUUGGCAAUGAAUCGCAGUGGAAGUACCAUAUUCUUGAUGGCUAUAGCUGUGGACAGGUACAUGCGUGUGGUGCAUCCCCAUCAUCCCAUCAACUCUUUGAGUGUCUCCAAAGCCAUGUGUGGGGCUCUUGCACUGUGGCUGCUCACCAUCUCAAUGACAGCUCAUGUUUUCACUUUGCAACAUAUCAACACAACCUACUGCGAGAGCUUCAUGAUUGAGACUGAACCCAAACAUAAUCAGAUCUGGCAUAAGUUUGAGUUUAUCUUUUCCUUCAUUGUACCUCUGCUUGUGAUUCUCUACUGCACAAUCAGCAUUAUUCGCCACCUGAGAGGGAGACAGUUGGCCCAGCAUGCAAAGAUUAAGAAGGCUCUGUGCUUCAUCACUGUAGUGGCAGUGCUCUUCAUCAUUUGCUUCCUCCCAAGCAACAUAAUGCAGCUGCUGAUUUUGAUCAAGACCAAUCAACUAGCCAAAACCCUCCCCGUAUCCCAAGUCUGUCCUGCCCUGGAAAACCUGACCACCGUAUUUUACAUCACCAUUAGCCUGACCUAUCUCAACAGCACGUUGGAUCCUGUGGUCUACUACUUCUCCAGCUCUACAAUCAAGAACAUCUGCAGGAAAGUUCUUCAUCUGCCCCAAACAAAGACUGAUGAAAGUACGGAGAAGAAAACUCGGGAAACAGGCUCCCAGUCGCUCAGCCAGCUGUGAUCAAAAAGCCACAGUCAAGGAAAUCAUUGCGAUGGAUGUAGCUAACAUUUUAAAACUAAAAUGCUUCUCCAAAAGCUGUGUUUGUGUUAAGUAAGUGCUACAGCAAGAUAUUACUUUGUAUUUUUAUGGUAAUUCUACUAUAGAUAUUAAAUAUUGCCUUAAGUUGUGUUAUUUUUACUAUAUUUUAUCUAUAUGACUGCAAAAUCUAAAUGUCUUUUGGGAAACAAAUGCUAUCGUAAGGCUGCAACUAUAUACUUUUAUUUUGUCCUACUUAUAAACUAAACCUUAACUCACAAACAUAGUUGUGUUUUUUUCACACUUAUUACCUCAUAUAAAUAAAAUACCAUCCUGUAAUUAUAAGAAAACAACAACAACAUAAUGAAACCAUGUCAGAUUAAGAGAUAUGAAGAUGAUUUUAUGAUGAUAAAAAUGUCUCCAAA